CUCUCUCUCUCUCUCUCUCUCUCUCUCUCUCUCACUCUCUCCCUUCCCUUCGAACAGAACACUUGUAAACAUAACAGAAGGAGAAGAAGAAGAAGAAGAAGAAGAAGAAGAAGGAAGAAGAAGAAGAGAAAGAAGGAAGAAGAAGAAGAAGAAGAAGGUGAUUGUGUAUAUAGACAAACAAACAAACAGACAAACAAGUAACGAAGGAAAGAAACAAAGAAAAAGAAAAGAAAAAAAAAGUGAAGAUUUGAAAAAAAAAUUAAAAAUGUGAAUUUAUUUUCGUUUUCUUCAAGUUUGUAAAGCGAAAGAAGAAGAAGAGGAGAAGAAGAGGAAGAAGAAGAAGAAGAAGGGCAGGACGAAGAAGAACAGAGAGAGAGAGAGAGAGAGAGAGAGAGAGAGAGAGAGAGAGAGAGAGAGAGAUGGCAAAAUGGUAUCUUAUUUUAUUUUCUGUAAUAAUUUUCAUCAUUAUUACACAAGUCUCCGCUCAAAGACGGCCGUGGUCGAGGUGUGGGGAGCUGAGUCUUGAAAAUGGCAAAGUCAGAAUCAAGAACAAAGGGCGUGUGGCCAAAUUCCGCUGCAAAAGGGGAUUCAUUCGCUUCGAUGGAGACAGAUUUGCUACCUGCGUGAGACAAAACUGGAUUGGACGAGUUCCCAAAUGCAUUAGGUCCGGAUGUCCCUUCCUGACCCCGCCAAGGUACGGUGACCUUUCUUACUUGUACAACCAAGCUGCCGCGCGUCUCAGCUGUGACCCCGGGUACUCCUUGCAAGGUGACGCCAUAUUGACCUGCAAUGCCACCUUCUGGAACGCCUCUGUGCCUAUUUGUCAAGCCUCUUAUAGCAGUCCCCCCUUGGAAUGCACCUUUGAGAGAGACACUUGCGGCUGGACAAACUCUCCUGAUAAUCAUUUCUUCUGGGAGUUGAAGUCCGCGGCGCUACUUCACUUUUUUAAUCAAGGAAAUUCUCCCGUAAUUGACCACACCAAGGGAACUGCCUCUGGAAAAUUUAUGAUCGCGUCUGCCGCCAUCUCAGCCGCGGUAGGCAGCAGUGACGGUGAAGGGCCCCGGGCAGCCUUGUAUUCACCAGUGUUCCCCGCCGCCCCAGGAGGUGUCGCCUGCAUCACCUUCUUCUACCACGUCUACGGGGGACACGGCACUGGGGAACUACGGGCGUAUUAUAAACCUGAAGGAACAGUUACUGAAUUCACAUCACCAGUAUUUCAAACCAGCAGCAGGUCACACGCCAGCUGGGUCAGAGAGCACCUCCUGUUUACAAACGUGACCCAAACAUUCCAGGUUGUAUUCGAAUCAGAGGAACAAGGCGUUUUCUAUAGUGAUGUUGCCAUUGACGAUAUAAUGGUGAACUAUGAUGGAAACUGCACUACUACUACUACUACUACUACUACUACUACUACUACUGCUGCUACUACUGCUACUACUGCUACUACUACUACUGCUGCUGAUGAUGAUGAUGAUGCUAUUACGACAGCUGAAGUGCCCCUGACUUUUGUUCAAGAAUAUACGACACUUAUUGAAAAUACUACUACUACUACUACUACUACUACUAAUACUAAUACUACUACUGCUACUACUGAUUUCUCUCUCUCCUCCUCUUUCUCCUCCUUCCCCACCACCUCCUCCUCCUCCUCCUCCUCCUCCUCCUCCUCCUCCUCCUUCCCCUCUUCCUCCUCCUCCUUCUCCUCUUCUUCUUCCUUCCCCUCCUCCUCCUCCUCCUCCUCCUCCUCCUCUUCUUCUUCC